ACUUGUGUACUCGUGCGUACACAGUAUGCACACAUAUAUCCAUACGUGCAAGGUGGUGGAUAUUCAUCAGUGCGAUUUAUUAUGCGGCAGACUAAAGUUUUCAGGAAGAAGGGCGAAGUGAAUCUGAAUUCUCGUCAAAAUGAACAAGUUGCCAGUACAACAGGCGAUUGCUGUCGGAGCCAGUAAACAUCCUCACAACAUGAAGAACGUCUUCAGUUAUGGAACGGCGGGAAUACGUUGCAGAGCUGACAUAUUAGAUCCAGUCUUGUAUCGUCUCGGGCUUCUUGUUGUUCUAAGAUCUAGAGCAGCCAGAGCGACCAUUGGGGUCAUGAUCACCGCCUCCCACAACCCAGAGCAGGACAACGGGGCCAAGCUGGUGGAACCUAUGGGGGAGAUGCUGUUGCCGGCCUGGGAGGGAUACGCAACACGAAUUGCCAAUACUUCUGAUGAAGACUUGGGCAAGUGCAUCCAAAGCCUCAUCACUGAGCUUGAUGUUGACAUGACAGUGCCAGCAAACAUCUUCUUGGCGAGAGACACAAGACCCAGCAGCUUUGGGUUAGCUCAGGCUCUGAUAGAUGGCAUUCAAGCACUGAACGGUGACUACAUUGACUAUGGGCUCUUGUCAACACCUCAGCUCCACUACAUGGUGCGAUGCCACAACACCCAAGGUAGCUACGGCACCCCCACCGAGCACGGGUACUACAGCAAGCUGGCCUCCGCCUUCACCAAAGUCAGAGAACAGUGCAAGAGCAGCAAGAGUUCUUACACGGGUGAGUUGUCGUUGGACGGGGCAAACGGUGUGGGAGCUCUCAAAAUCCAGCAGAUGUGCCAGCAUUUCAACAACAAACUGAAGAUUUCUGUUUACAACGACGGCACUCACGGACAACUGAAUGACAGGUGCGGAGCAGACUUUGUCAAAGUGCAGCAGAAACCACCCUAUGGGAUGCCUUUAGAAGAAGCGGGUCAGAAGUGUGUGUCUCUGGACGGCGAUGCCGACAGGAUUGUCUACUACUUCAUAGACCAUGAUGGUGUUUUCCACUUGCUGGAUGGUGACAAGAUAGCUACCCUUAUUGCAGGCUACAUCCAAGAGCUGCUUAUUGCAGCAAACUUGCAGCUCAACAUAGGCCUUGUGCAGACGGCCUAUGCCAAUGGAAGCUCAACCCAAUAUGCCACUGGUGUUCUUAAAGUGCCCGUAGCUUGCGCCUGUACCGGAGUCAAGCAUCUCCACCACAAAGCUCAGGAAUUUGACGUGGGUGUCUACUUUGAAGCCAACGGACAUGGAACGGUGUUAUUCAGUGCCUUAGCAACAGAGAAGAUCAACUCAGCUAGCCAGGACGAAAGGCUGUCAGAUGAUCAGAGACAAGCGGCCACCACUCUAAAGUAUCUGCAGGAGCUUAUCAAUGAGACUGUUGGCGAUGCAAUAUCCGACAUGCUGGUGGUGGAGUGUAUCCUACAUGCCAAGGACUGGACAACGGCUGACUGGAAUGAAGCUUACACUGACCUGCCCAACAGACAACUCAAAGUCAAGGUGAAGGAUCGAAGGGUCAUUAAGACCACCGAUGCGGAACGUUGUGCAACAACUCCAUCUGGUCUCCAGCCAGCCAUUGACGACAUCGUCAGCAAGUACACCAAGGCUCGAUCGUUUGUCAGACCCUCGGGAACUGAAGAUAUAGUCAGAGUGUACGCUGAGGCAGACACACAGGCCAUGGCCGACUCCCUUGCCUACGAAGUUGCCGCCAAGGUCCAUCAGCUGGCAGAGGGCAUCGGGGACCCUCCCGUCCAGCCCGGCUCCAGCUAGCAGAUCAGAACCCCUAGUUACGCGGAGCUGUUAAGUAAUAUAUUGCUUAGCACGUAUAUUGCGAUGUGCAGCACGUGAACAAAUUUCUGUCGUCUGAGUCGCUGAUCGUUUGUCAUAAAUCAUUUGUUAGAAUCAGUGAUGAACUGUUUUGUUGAUAGCCGCUGAUUAUACCGCUGUGCCGUGUGCAGGCAUGAUCACCACAGUCGCAGCUCUCCACACACAGAGAGAAUGCAGUGACUGCGCUUCUCACAUGCAGAAAAAAAAAUUUGGGACAGUACCGACAAGUGGAAAACACUGGCACUGUUUCGUCUAUUGUCAGAUGAGGAAAUGUCUGAAGUAAUAAUUAUGUUUGUAACAGAAAGGAAACAAAGAAGUCUGUCAAACUGUGAUAGCAUAAUGUAAGACGCAAUGCAGCGUCUGUUUAAGCUUUAACCAUAUCAAACAUGAAAACUUUGUUAUGCAUUUUUACUUUGGACUGACAAAGUAACACGACGGCUUAUAUGACACAAAGUUUACAGAUGAUUUAUUCAGGAAUUGUAUAAAACAAGUGAAUGCCUCACAUUCUUGCAAUGGAAGGCAUAUUUCAUUUGGUGGCAGAUUGAAUGUUCUAUUCCAGUGUUCUAUUUUGAUCUCGUGGAAUAGAACGUUCCAUCUUUCACCUUGAGAAAUUCUUCUUACCAUUGCACUUAUCAAGUAUUUUAUUAUUUGUGUACAAAACAGAAAUCAGCGGAGAACCAGUCAUGGCAAUUGUAUUGCAUGCCAUCUUCAUAGCUGGUUACCCAUUUUUGGUAAGCAGUUGUUGUCAGUGCUAAGCGCCCCUAUGUAAUUGGAUCCUGGGCAGCUUUCUAAUACUUGGUUUCAUCCCCAUAUCAGACCUGGUCUCUGAAAUCGAUCCCUAAAUCUAGGCCUACAGUUAUAACAUUAAAUAUUUCAGUGGUCGUUUUAUACUAUCACUGUCUGACAACUUAUUGAGCCAACGGCUUCAUAGUCGGGGGUUAAAAAUUGGGCGAGGCUCAAGAUGGAGAUGAAGCCAAGUAUCGGAAAACCCCUGUACAUGUAUAGUUCUGAAUUAAGCCUUCCAGUACUGUAUAUUUAAAAAGCUUAACUUAUGCCUUUUAUGCAUAGCCUAUGAUAUCUUGGGUGGAUUCAAAGUUUUGGGACCCAAAAACCCAAGGAUAUUCUGGGUUCAUGAUUUGCAGGGUCCAGGGAACAUGUAUUUCUUUGCCUUAUUUAAUAUUUGUCUUGUAUCUGUGCCAAGUAGUUGUGUAUAACAGUCUAGGAGUAAAGGUGCAUUUUGGGGGCUUUAUUUUGAGCAGGCUGGGUCUAGCCCUGCCUGGCGGAGUUAAUGUUGGCUGGCAAAUGUACAUAUGUUGGGCCAAAAUCUGCCAAGAGCCAGCGACGUGCAGCAUGUUACACGACAUGUGGCUUGGCCUGUAAGCAACUCUUUCCCAAGAGCCAGCGACAUGCAGCAUGUUACACGACAUGCAGCUUGGCCUGUAAGCAACUCUUUCCCAAGAGCCAGCGACAUGCAGCAUGUUCCACGACACGUAGCUUGGCCUGUAAGCAACUCUUUCAACAUUCCAACAUUCGGAACCCAAAUUUGUGUGGAAUGGUAUGCUUAUUUUGUGCAGCCAACCGAGCGUCCCGUUGGUACCAAAGUGGAGUAUCAUAGCCAACUGGUUUUUUUUUUUUUGUUUUUUUAAAAAUGAUGUUUAAACUCA